AUGGCCUUCCCUUGCGCUGAUAAUGUCCACCACCGCAUCGAAAUUGUGUACCACGAAUCUUUGGAUACUACGUUCCAGACUUCCCUUGAUUUUGGCAUCCACCUGGAGCAGUUCUGCUCUUGGUAUUUUGAGGACGUCAAGAAAAUGGGCAAAGUCAUUAAGAUCGAGAUCCCCCUGUUCUCCACCCCCAACGGCAACCACGAGGCUCGCAGCCAGUUCGCUGUUUAUGUCAAGAAUCAAGCUCAGGAUAAUGGAGAAGAGGCCUUUGAUGAGGACUUCAGCUUGGAGAGAGAUGACCUGGGAGACCUUGACAGAGCUGCCUACAGUACUGAGCACCCCACCCCCUCUGACAACAAUGACCUCCCCAUGGAGGAUGCUACGGCCGUUUCUACAGCAACCCGGACCAGGACAAGACGCGCAGUAACCAAGACCGCGGUUGCCACAGCAGCUAAGACCAUCACCAAAGCAUCCAACAACAUCUACACUAAAGAAGGAAAUCAACCUGUCAACAACGCCAACCUCCGCUGA